GUCACCACCUGGAACAACGGUCGGUGGCUGAUAAUUCAAACCAACCUUAAAGCCCGUAGGACACCAGUCCACGGAUUGCACUGUCUUCUGCGUCUUGAUCUUCGUGAUCGCCGCGUUCACGUCUUUCGGAACCACAUCGCCGCGAUACAAAAGACAACAGGCGUGGAAUUGUCCAAACUUGGGAAACCAAUUACCCGUCAAGUGGAUCGCACGGCCAGACUUCCCCACUGUGGUCGAAUUGAUCAAACGGCAAUUCAUGUAGCGGGCACGAAGCUGGUCACCACCUGGAACAACGGUCGGUGGCUGAUAAUUCAAACCAACCUUAAAGCCCGUAGGACACCAGUCCACGGAUUGCACUGUCUUCUGCGUCUUGAUCUUCGUGAUCGCCGCGUUCACGUCUUUCGGAACCACAUCGCCGCGAUACAAAAGACAACAGGCGUGGAAUUGUCCAAACUUGGGAAACCAAUUACCCGUCAAGUGGAUCGCACGGCCAGACUUCCCCACUGUGGUCGAAUUGAUCAAACGGCAAUUCAUGUAGCGGGCACGAAGCUGGUAAUUUACGACGGGAUCCGGAAAACAACGCGGAAAACAAAUUUUGCUUGGGAAACCGCGUUUUGUAUAUUCUCCGAUUAUGUAAGCGUCAGGAUGACUUCAGUUCACCCCUGUUGUAAACUCGCCACUCGUGUUGCCAUUGUCGAAGCUCUUGCACCUCCGGUUGUCGCCGGAUCUAUAAUAAAAACAAAGAACAUGGCAACCAAUCCCGGCAGAAGUACAGGAAUAUGUACUGCUGAGAGUAUUCUGUGGGGUUAUCUGAAAGAAAAGCAGUGCAUGAUCCUGAUAAGUUACACGGAGAAGCGGGAAAUGACCAUGGGGAUAAGUAGACGGUCGUCCGAAGCUGUGCAUGUCGUAGGUGUAACUGAUGCACACGAACACUGUGCCGAAGAUAUUCAGCCUGAGCUUCGCUACUGA